UUUCAUUUACCCACUUCCCUUCACUGCUUCAGACUCACUGCUCUUUCUUUUCGUCGCUCAUAGGAUUCUGUUUGUCGUCCUCCUUUAUCUGAAAAUUUUAUAUAAGAUUUUUAAUUAUACUUUUGUUAGGCACAUUUUGACCUUAGUUCCUGACAGUGGAUCUAUGGCUUGGAGGUAUCUGGGUAGCCUUUUUGGUUCCCGUUGGAAUUUUUCGAGUGUUUUUCAGGUAUGGAGCUAUUUUCUUGACAUUUACAUGAGAUUUCAUGGAAGCACCAGUAGUUCUGCAUAUUUCUGAUGCUGGUGUGCCAUGGUGCCUGUCCACUGCCAUGCAGAGUAAAGAAGCAUGAUACUAGCUAUUUCUAAUCCGAAGCAUCUAAAUUUUCUUUUAAAAAAAAUAGAAGAAGAAAAGUUAAGAAAUGAAGAGAAAUAUUUCAACGGAUAUGCUAUUCUGUUGAGAUCUGUAUGUGAAGACCUAUUUAUAAUGGUUCCAUUUGUUGCAAUUGAAACUCUCCUAGAAGAAAAAAAGAUGACAGAUAACAAUACUUCAAAUGCAGGGCACAAUAAGGGAGGUUGAACCUGGUUGUCACACUAUCAAAUCUCAUGGACUCCAAGUUGCAAAAGAUCACAAGUAUGAUUGGCUUAUGUUGCUGCUUCUUGUAAUGAUAGCGAUCAUUCUACUUGUCAUUCAUCCAUUUUACCGCUUUGUGGGAAAAGAUAUGAUGGAUGACCUUAAAUAUCCUUUGAAAGAUAACACAGUACCUGUGUGGGCUAUUCCAAUCUAUGCUGUUCUGUUGCCGAUUGUCAUUUUUAUUCUAUUCUAUCUUCGUAGGAGGGAUGUAUAUGAUCUGCACCACAGCAUACUAGGCCUCUUUUUUUCUAUGCUGAUCACUGCGGUUAUUACGGAAGCAAUAAAAGAUGCAGUUGGACGGCCUCGGCCAGACUUCUUUUGGCGCUGCUUUCCUGAUGGAAAAGAUGUGUAUGAUCAGUGGGGAGAUGUUAUAUGCCAUGGAAAGGAUAGCGUUAUAAGGGAGGGACAUAAGAGCUUCCCAAGUGGUCACACUUCGUGGUCCUUUGCAGGCCUGGGUUUCCUAUCAUUGUACUUAACAGGAAAGAUUCAAGCAUUUGACCGCAAAGGGCAUAUUGCAAAACUAUGCAUUGUUUUCCUCCCUCUACUUGCUGCAUCUCUCGUUGGAGUUUCUCGGGUGGAUGACUAUUGGCACCAUUGGCAAGAUGUGUUUGCUGGAGGUCUUCUAGGGCUUGUUGUUGCAUUUUUUUGCUAUCUGCAGUUCUUCCCUCCUCCAUAUGAUAAUAAUGGAUCGGGCCCCUAUGCAUACUUCAAAAUGUUAGAGGGGUUGAGGGCCAACAGACAAGCAGCCGAUUCUGUGAAUGUGCAAGAUGCGCAAGGAAUGGAGGUUGUUUUACCUCAGCAACCUUCACGAAACAACAACGGGUUUGUGCCAUUAUCUCUUGACCAUGAUGCUACUGAUUCUUUGGAUCAAAUGGAAGCUGGGAGGAGGUAAUGUCAUUUAUCUUGCACUUGUUUGGGUCCAUGUCCCCUGUAAUUAACUUAGGCUUGUAUUAUGUAACCAACAAUCUCCUGCAUUCACUUGAAUCUUUACUUUCUGCACAUUCACUAGUAAUGUUAAGAGGAACAAUCUUUUUUCUUUCUUUCCAAUAAUGCUUUGCAUGAACACUCAGAAUUACCUGUGAUGUAAAUUAUUAUAAAACAGAUGACACAAUUGCACAACCAGACACCUAUGUCGAUUGCAGCCAAGAGGAACCACAGGAGUUGAUCUUCAGAUAUAAUUAGGUUCAGAGCAGUAUGUUCGUCAUGGGGCUUGGUUGCCUCCAAUGCAAGAUCUCAACUCCUCAAGCCUCUCAGUCCAACGCUGCUAUUGCCUUCUAACAAAGAUGAUGAAGUUCACCACCUCUUUGACUUCUCCGAGAACAAGGCUCUUAGGAUUCCACUCCCGGAGGUUUACGGUAAGUGGUGUUGCCAUUCGUGGAAUGGAUGAUUAGUAACAAUAACGUGUUCUCCUCCCUACCCAAUAGAGUUCUUUAAUCCUAUGUCGAGGGCACAAAUCCAGUUGCCUCUCCCAGAGAUGUUUCAAGAUCCUCCAGCUGAUGUAGAUGAUGCACCAAUUGAGAGUUUCAUAUACAAAGCCAUACCUUCUUCAACUCCUUUAGAUCCCAAUUGUGCUACCAUGAAGAAAGUUGGCAUUCUGUAAAUCCAAGGGUUACAAAGCGAGUACAAUAAUUGUGAUGAAAUCAUAUAUUCCGAGAACUAUUUUAUUACUGUUGGGCCCUUGGGUGUAUUUCAAUGUGACAUUGGUUCUGUG